GAACUGACAUUACUUUCCGUUUCAGUUUCUGGCCACACAGGACUUAAGUUUACAUUUUACUGCUGCCACAACAGUUUCUUAAGUGACGCGCUGUAGUUCGGAGUCCCGAUUGGCAUAUUUCCCAAAAAUGAAGAAGAGGAGCAGCAAUUCUUCCGAAGUUCUCCUGGAUGGUUGUGAAAAUGUACACAUUGACGAUUUAAGCACAAUGUUACCCAGUGAGAUAUCUGUAACCACGAAUCUCCUUGAAAACAAUCACUCAACCGCCAACAGUGUAUCGUUGCAUCUGAAGCCGACUAUUAAAACGCAAAAAUCAGACACAAAGGUCGACAUUGAACUUCCGCUUUCUGGUGAGAGAGCAAAUAAAACACUCGCUGACAUAGCAAACGAACCUUCGAUUUUCCACCAACCACCGCUGCUUUGGUAUCGCAACUGGACAACCGCUGGCAUCGUGCUUUGUGUGGUCUACAAUUUGACCAUAGUAUUACUCCUAGUGAUGGGAUUCUUCAAGUUCCGCCAAAGCUGAAGCGGAAAACAGGGGAAUCGUCUAAUUUAAAAACACAUUCCAUACAUCUUUUUCAAUGUAAUUAAAACUUUAAUUUUUCAUCAUAUCCAUGUAGUAUUAUAAGGCCAUAUUAAUCAAUUAUAUAUAUACUUGUAUACAUAUAUACACUUAUAUUUCGUGUUUACAUAAUUUAGCACUUGGUAAUUUGUUUCACGUAGCAUUCCUUUAUAAAUUCCUCCAGUUUUAUGAAUUUAGUAUUCAACGCAAAUUCUUGCUGAACACUUCUAACCAAAUAAUAAAGAGUGCCACCGCGAAAUAGCCCAACAAUAUCAGCACUACGGUUGUGGGAUCAGCCGAGAAAAUAGAAUGAAUCAGAGUCACAGAACCGGUCAUGAGCACUACGAAGAGAAAGCAAACCACCAUCACUGUUGCAGUAUCACGAUACCAAGCCAAACUUGGAUCGGGCGGUGCCGGGCGCACCACCUUCGAAGGGCGAUAUUCCUUCAGGUAUUGCGUCUCGAAACCGCUGCUGAAAUCGACAUCAUCGAAUGCCGGCGCCAGCUUGGUUCUCUCCGCAUCCACAUCCAUGGACAUAUUUAAUUAUUAUUGACUUCCAACAAUAAUAUGCAAUUAAUUAUUUAUGCUAUGAAUUCUAAUUACUGUGACUUAUAUUCUGAGAAAUCGCCGAUGCCUUCCGUCAGUACUUCCACGUCUAUACGGUCACUUAUACUGCCUAUCAGCACCUCAAUUGGUCGAUUUCAAAGGUGGCAGCUGUGCUUUUAACAACAAUAGUUAAUUCUAGGCGAUAAGUACGAGUAUUACAUUUGAAAGCCACAAUUAGCCAACAAUUCUAAUAGCAACUUUAGUAUAACUACAACAAACAAUAUCUUUUGUAUUUAGUAAAACCGUUUUCACUGUUAUCAGAACACUUCUCUAUCGAUACAUUGCGUUUGUGUUCAUAGACAUUCUGAUAAGAUAGUGCGGUAUAGUGCUCCUAUAUACUUACGAG